AUGAUUCACCCCUGCACCCCGAAAACGUUUUCAUCUUGCGACAUUCGCUUCAGGUACUUGGCAGAUUCCGGGGACUCUGGCUACAGCCUUUCUGGGGAGCUGCGGUGGGGUCCGAACGUCAGUUGUGAGGUCGAGGAGAUUGUGAUCGAUGGAUACCAGGUGUGGCUUGUAAAUGAGUGCGGCGAUCAGCUCGAGUUGUUGGGCAGUGUCGAGAAGCAGUCCGACUGGCGGCCGGAAAUGCUGACCUGCUGCGACGCAUCCUGGUAUGCCGUUUACUUGGGCCGCACGGAUGUUUCUCGAGACGUGGCCGCCUUCGCCAUUGUACCUUAUCGCGGCGCUCAGACGUUUGGAGCUUCUGUAUUGCCCAUACUCCACCACACGCCGAUUCCCACCACCACAGUGACGACAAGUACAAGGAUCACCUCGACCUUUACGGAUUUGAGCCCGGUCCGUGUGGACGGCUGCCUCAGCGUUCUCAUGGCAGAUCCCUCUGAGUUCGAAGAUCACGCUGACUUGGUGGCGCAGGCUAUACAGGCUGCCGUCUCAUCUGCAGCGGGUGCUGUGAUCCAGCCCGAGUACGUCCAACAUGUGUCGACGACGUUCGGGCAGAGCUGCCUGGAUGCUGAUGCAAGGAGGCGUCUCCAAGAUGUGCUCUCGAAUCGGACUGUCUCGAUCUCCAUCAUCUUUGCGGUGUUCAUCCCGCCGUACGUUCCCGACCGGCAAGCUGUAGCAGAAAAUGUCAGCGGCACGCUGGAGUUGCUACCACCGGAGCAAGCAUCCCAACUCCUCACCCGAGAGAUGCAGAAGUACGAAGCCUUGGAAAAUGUCACGGUGACUGUCCAAGCAGUGGUCAUGAACGCCGUGUCCACGACUGCCACCAGCACCCACACCACUGCGACGAGCACCUCUGCUACCAGCACCUCUGCUACCAGCACCACUGCAAGACUGGCAGAGGCAGCGGCAGAUGUGCUGCCCGUUGGCGUCAUCAUCGCCUGCAUCCUGACCACUCUCUGCUUAUUGGUGUUGAUCUUCGUACUGCUUUACUGGCGGAUGCGCCGUCGGUUGGCAGAGGCCGACAUCGAGCCUCCACUGAAGCGUAAGGAGCCCACAGAGGAGGUCAAAAAGGAGGUCGAAGUGCCCCGAGAAGUGCAGGUCUACUUCCCCGAAGAGGAGGAACAUCGAGCAGAAUUCGUGGGAGUGAGAGAAGCUGCACAACAGAUCGAAGUGCCAGAGGAAAUGGAGGAAGUUGAGGUCUACUUCCCCGAAGACAUCGAGGAGCGCGCAGAGGCUCUCGAGGUGAUGAGUGAGGCCCGCGAUUCGAGGAGCAAGCCCUCAACUCCUUCACGACGUGUUGACUAUAGUGCCUUGGACAUGGCGCUGCCGGUCUGCGACUGGAAUUGGGACGAGGCUGCUGCUCCCGACAUGGUCACUCCCACUGCGACUAGAGGGGAAAAUGGACAGCCAGCCCC